UGGCGAUAAGUGUUGUGAUUCACUAAUUGAUGCUAAACGAUUGUGUCUAGCUAGGUAAGGUAACCGUUUGGGGUACUGGCUGAAUCAACGCUGGGUUUGAAUCCACUGCUACACGAGCCACCCCGUACGCCCACUUUCACGAGCGUCACCACCUAACCUGCACCGGCGAGCAGUGGUGUGGCUGAUCUCGUCCACGGGCGUGCGCCCUCCACGUGUCGUUCAGAACUUCAGGAGCUGGCAAUGGCUUCGGUGAGCGCUGGUCUCCAGGACGAGCUGGAAUUGCUGCGCAGGGAGAUCUGCUCGGGAGCUCUGCUACGCUGCCCGGAUGGCCUUGACCCCUUACUCCAGUGCAGGCCGCCUCCCAGUAGUGUUCGCAUCCUGAUUGUCGGCUCCUACGGCACUGGUAAAUCAGCAUACAUAAACUCCGUGUACAAGGCGCUGUAUUCGGCACAGCUUAUGCCUGCGUACACCCAGGACCCGAGCGCUGAGGGGACGUUCUUCCUGGACGAAUACAUCGCCAACGACGCCAGCCCCGUUUCGUUCCUGGACAUGCGCGGCCAGUACGAGUGGUUCGACGAGACCGAGAUCCGCGAGAUCAGAAACAUCGUGCUCGGCUUCAUCCGGCCCGGCACGUGUCUGCUGCGUGGCGUGGAGUUGCAGAUGUUGACCGACGAAGAGCUGACAGCCCUGAAAGACGGAUCGUCGGUGCUCGGCAAGGCUGACAGGAUCGAGCGGCUCAGGGCCGAGGACGUUCCGGUCAGCGAUCAAGUUCACGGCGUGAUCUUCACGUUUGCAAAGUACGAAACCCCGCUCCGCAGUCCCGAGAACCCGAGAUUCCUGGAACUGCUUGAUGAGAUUGCACCGCUACGGGACUUCAUCAAAGACAACGGCAUUGACCCAGUUUGUCUGGUCACACAUAUGGACAACAUGCGCUGGACAGAGGAGCGUGCCAAUCAGACACAAAAGCAAGCGCGCAAGCUUCUCGAACUGAAGGAGGAGAACAUCUUCACGGUGACCAACUACACAGAAGUGACGUUUCAUGAGCCAAGCAGCGUACAACAGGACCUGGCCAUUCUCAAGCCAUUGAAAGCAGCCAUCAAGGAGGCUGGCAGCCGCUACUGGCAACUUGUAGCGCAAGGAGAGCACCAGUCCGAUGCAAAGGUUCAAGCGGAAUCUUUCCCGGAAGACGUGGCAAGAGGUCGUGUGGGUGGUGAUGUGCCCGUAUCCAGCUUGUUCAGAACACUACAACCCAAGUACCAGUGGCAGCCAGCCAUGGUGCGCGAUGCAAUCAACAAGCUAGAGGAACAAGAUAUCGUUACCGCUAGUUUACUCCGCGAGUACUGGCAGAAGGAACCGUUCAAACGCGCGUCCAUACCGGAAGGCUACCACCGACCUCUCCAGGAGCUGCUCGGUAUAAGUUGAGGCGUAUCGAUGGUGCUGGUGCCGGUGUGUAUAUGUGUGUGUGUGUGGGGGGGGGGGGGUUGCAACCGGCUGUGUGUGUUUGUGUGUGUGUGUGUGUGUGUUUGUAUGUGUGUUUGUUUGUUUGUUCCAAAGAUGCGUACAUGUAUGUGUUGUACAUACACCACUAUGGGUGUGCACAUGUUUAGUGUGUAUGUUGACAAAACCACAGAAUGUGGGGUGGUAUUUGCCAAUUUGAUUCUUCCCUUAUAUUCUAGCCAGAUGUGCUAGUUCUGUGUUUGAUUUUUCAGAUUAUGGACUAUUGUGAUAAUAUAUGAGGGACUCAUGCCAAGUACUGUAGACAGCAAGCUGUUUCGGCCAUAUAGGCCUCAUAUUAUAUGAGUGACUCGUACAUUCUCUAUGCAACCCCACCUACGAGGGACUCAUGCAUUCUGGACCCAACCCCGCCUGCGUAUAUUUCACUUGACAAAGAUAUACUCUAUUUUCGAAGAUAUUUGAGGCGGCUUACUAGCCUAGUACGCCUGGUGGCACCAUUGUGAUUCACCAUCUCCUGUCCCUCCCAUGGUUCUCCGUCUUGACCAUUACUUUUCUUCUUUAAUUAUUUUGUUCACCAUGGCUGAUUUUCUUUCCAUGCUAUGAGGUGUUGUCGAUAAUAAAAAUUGUUCAUCUGCUGUUAA